GUUAAUGGUUACGCUUCACGCUUCACCUCUGGGGAAAAUCCACCGGUACCCAUUGGAUAGAAGAUUGGAUGGAGCCCAGAGCCGGUCUGGACGCUGUGGAGAAGAGAAAGAACUUUCCCCUGCAGGGAUUCGAACACGGGCCGUCCAGCCCGUAACCUGUCCCAAUACCGAAUGAGCUAUCCCGUCUUCGAAUAAUGGACGUAAAUGGAUGAUUAACUGUACAAGUGUCAAUCUGUUGUUCCUACUGGUUUCAUCAUAAGAAAAUAAGUUCUUUAUGCAACGGAAUCCGCAGAAGUCAUCAACAAGAAGUACGUUACGUCAGAUGCGGGAAGGUCACAAGUGUGGGCGUUCAUGAUAUUCAGCGCGAAGGGGGGUGGGGGGAGGUGGACGCAUUGUGAGAUACUGCAGUUACCAGGCGGUCACUACGCGGAGAUGAACGUAAAUGCAAUCGGUAUUUGCUUCUUGCUUAUGUGUCUACAAGCAGACUGAAACGCACGAGAGAAUAGACGUAUACUAUGGACUUUAUAUGGAGUGGGAGGACGAACGUCUGAAGUGGGACCCUUCACACUACGGAAACAUCAAGAGGUUCUACACCAGCGAGAGUUUCCUAUGGACUCCUCAGAUUGGAUGGGUAACAAUGGACGUGGUGGGUGACAGAUUGUACAUGGGAGUGCUUCCCUGUCUCCUGGAAUCGUCUGGCCGAGUGACGUGCAUCUCGUGGUCCUCUUUCGGGACAAAUUGCCGUUCGGACCUCACGCACUGGCCAUAUGACUCACACGUUUGCGAGGCCCUCCUGGCCCCUUGGAGACUGCAGCAUGAAGAGCUGAAGCUGAUCCCCGUACACGGGGACAAUAUGAUUUUUCAGUUCCACGAGCCGAAUGGAGAAUGGGAACUACAGAGCAGUGAAAUAAGGGGCCUCAAUGAGAUGUUUGAGAAUACCAGUUUCGGCUACUUAGAAGUAACUUUGACCUUGGCGAGGCAUUCGGCAACCCAUGAAGCCACUGUUGUUAUCCCUGUACUCGUUCUCGUGGUGCUGACUUUGGCUUCGUUCUGGAUAGAAGCCGAAAUUUCGACCCGCUUAAGCCUCGAGUGCACACUUUUAAUUUGUCACAGUCUUUACCUGCAGUACAUGGGCCUCUAUUUGUUUAACGGCGGUGUCAACUGCCCUUUAAUAGUGCUCUUCUACCGGGACUCCAUGUUGGUGUGCGGAAUAUCUUUGGUUGUUACCUUUCUUGUGCGAUGGAUGGCCAGGAGCCCAGCCAUGCCUCCCUCUUGGGCGUCUGGGAUUGCCAUGAAGGUGCAGAACAGUCUGCCCGGACAGCUCCUGAUCUUCCUCCAUCACCCUCAUCAAGUUGCUGACAGGGACGAUUUUGAGACUUCUUCUGAAGUUGGACCAAACUGGCGUCUGAUUGGCCGUCUGCUGGACCGGAUGAGUUUUCUCGCAUUCACUGUGACAUACUUUGUUUUAUUGAUUGUGUAUUAUUUGUAUUACCUCUAAGUUUCACCGUAAUAACAAAGAGUUUACAAGCAUUCACACAGUUGUAUGUAGCUAUAUACAUUUGGAAGGUCUGCAGGAUCAAUGAACUGAACUUCAAUCUCGGUUGACUUAUGAAUAAAUGUUAAAGGAACUACA